AAGCAGCUUCCUCCCAUCAUCGUCAUCUCUGCCAUCCUCAGCAGCUACGAACAUAUUCUUGUCCUGUCCGCUGCUCUUCGGCUUUUUAGAUUAUAUCGGCGCAGAGAGCCUCUUUCUUUCCGUCCGCCGGGCUCUUUCUCACGUCCUCCCUCUUCGCCUGAACGGAUCACUACCGCAAACACAGUGCUAGAGAUGGCUGUCGCCCCGCGUAAGGAUGAUGAGCAGCGCAUAGAGGAAGCUCAGAAGCUGGCGAAGACGGAACCAGCCAAGGCGGAGGCAAUCUACAAAGAUAUUCUCACCAAGGAACCCGGCUCGACGGAUGCUGCGCUGCGGAACUUUGAAAAGGCCCUUGUAGGACUGGGAGUGCUGUUCAGAGAUCAGAAAAGGCCGAACGACCUUGCCGAUUUGAUACGGCAGACCCGGUCCGCUCUAUCGUCGUUUGCGAAGAGCAAGACCGCAAAACUUGUGCGCGAACUGCUCGACCUAUUCACGACCAUUCCAAACACUACAGAAACCCAGAUAUCCGUCACGAAAUCGUGCAUCGAAUGGGCAAUCAGCGAGAAGCGUGGUUUCUUGCGUCAGGAACUCGAAACGCGCCUUGCGACAAUCUACAUCUCCAAGCAGUCCUACUACGACGCACUUACCCUCAUCAACAACCUAGUCAAGGAGCUGCGGAAGCUGGAUGAUAAGCUUCGCCUGGUCGAGGUCCAACUGUUGGAGUCACGCGUCUAUCAUGCUUUGGGCAACGUUCCCAAAGGCCGUGCAGCCCUCACGUCGGCACGCACAUCUGCUGCAAGCGUAUAUACGCCACCUUUGGUUCAGGCAGGGCUGGACAUGCAGUCUGGUAUGCUUCAUGCUGAAGACAAGGACUUUUCGACCGCGUUCUCCUACUUCAUCGAGGCUCUUGAAGGCUAUCACGCCCAGGAAGAGACGGACAAGGCUCGCGCUGCGCUCAUGUACAUGCUUUUGUGCAAAAUCAUGCUCAAUUUAGGCGACGACGUCGAGAAUCUGCUCAAGAGCAAACACGCAGACCGAUACGCUGGCAAAGGCCUCGACGCGAUGAAGGCCGUCGCGCUGGCACACUCGCAUAGAAGCUUGGAGGAGUACGAAAAAGCUUUAGGAGACUAUCGAUACGAACUCGGAAGCGACCGAUUCAUCGCAAACCACCUCCGAAGACUCUAUGACGCUAUGCUGGAGCAGAAUCUGAUUAAAGUCAUCGAGCCCUUCAGCCGGGUCGAAAUUGCACACAUCGCCCGCAUGGUUGGCUUGGACACGCAGCAGGUGGAACGGAAACUGAGCCAGAUGAUCUUAGACAGAGUCAUUAUUGGCGUCCUCGACCAGGGUGCGGGCUGUCUUAUCAUAUACGAUGAAAGCGAGCGGGACAGGGGCUAUGACGCAGCGCUGGAGACAAUUGAAAAGCUUCACAACGUGGUGGAUGUGCUGUACACAAAUCAAGCUAGCAUGUUGGAGUGAUGAAUUGGCAAGCCGACUAUUUGAUGCUUUACUGCAUAGGGAACUUUAACGGGCGCCAGCCUUGAGUUGCGAUCUGAUAAAUAAAAGGAGACCAACGUGCCACAGCAUAUUUUUUAGUAGACAUUUAAGCGAAGGCACUGCGCCUUUGACAUUUGGACUUCCAAGAUCACAUGUAAACUCUCCGUGUGCUUUCUCUGGGCGCGUGAGGAC